AUGGCGCCGCUCAUCCUCCACAACGUCCCCGACGAAGAAUGCUACGUCGGCGAGGACGGCAUCAAGCGACCCUAUGCCAUGAUCUAUCCACACGAAGGCACAACCAGAACACGGCGCAGCGUCGCGGAAACAGGCUCCUUUGGCAAGUCAACAAGACGGUCUCGCUCUAAGACAGGGACUCCAGCUCGUGGCCGAGAGAACCCAACCCUCGCCGCCGCGGACAAGCUCUUCUACGACUGGGUCUCCAACCAGGCCAGCGCGAACCUGCCCUCGGGCUCCAACCAGCGCAGCAAGGCCACCGCCGGCGGAGCCGCCGCCUCGUCAAGCGCGCAGGAGGACGCCGUCCCACAGCGCGCGGCCGUCAAGUCGUCCCCCGUCGAGCUCAUCCUGCGCGGCUACCGCUCGGCGACGCAGCAGUACGCCGCCAUCGCCCACUACGAAGCCCUCGCCGGCCUCAUCCUCGAAGACUACCCGCGAGAACCCCCCUCGACCCAGCGGCGGUACAAGUCGGAGCUGCGCGAUCCCGCCUUCACGCGCCGCCGGAACCUCACGCCCGAGGAGCGCGCCCUGGUCAACCGCGCCGACGGCGGCGAGCACUGGGUCAAGGUGACGUUUGCCAGCGCAGAGGCCGGCAACGCCGCCCUGUACGCCAGCCCGCAGAGGAUCCUGGGCCACCUCGUGUAUGCCGAGCCGUACCGGGGCGUCUUGGCGCCCGUCAAGGACGAGGCCUGCCCGGACAUUGAGCAGCUCGACGAGGGGCGGUCAAAGAGCGUGCCGAGCUUUGCGCCGCCGAGCCUGGGCGCCGCCAAGCGCAAGUCCGUCUCGGGCCUUCCCACGACGUUUAACAGCCGUCUUCUCGACCUUUCCCCGGCCGAGUCCAGGGAUUCGAGCCAGACGAUGAACUCGGCCACCCUGACGACGAACUCGCACAGCUCCAGCGCCACCAUCCUCGACCCCAUCCCCUUCCCACUGACGACGACGACGACGACAACGACAAUGACGGGCAUCGAGCCCCUGGAGCUCGACCAGGAAGACAGCAUCUUCUGCAGACGCAUCCCCACCGCCCGAAAAGCCCGCCUGCUGCCCGCCGAGCAGGCCCUCCUGCCGCAGCAGUCGGUCAUGCAGCGCAUCCUCAACGCGCUGCCAAUCAUCAAGUGGUUCUCCGGCAGCAUGAUUGGCAACGAGGUGCCGCGGACGGAGACGGGCGAGUUUGACUGGGGCCGCGCCAGCCUUUACUGGAAGAUUAUCUGGUGGCUCGAUGCGACGUUUAGUCUGUUCAAGGGGGACGUGUAUGCCGUGGACAAGGAUGAUUAG